UAUUCCGGAAUCUCUCCGUCGCCCCCGAAGCUUGUCUACACCGGACUGUUGACGACGCCCUGGGUCAAGCCUCAAGGGCCCGAGGCGUACCGCAAGCUCAAGCAGGUUCGUGGCGUGUUUAAUCACCGAGUCAACGACGUCUGGGAGGACCUAGGUCCCCAGGUUCGGGACCUACUGAACGUUCAGCGGAUUUCGUGGACGUCCGUUGACGUCGCUCGUUUCAUCACCGACGGAGAAUCUGACAAGGCGAUUGUCGGGCCUGUGGUCCUAUGGAUCGGCGUUCGCCCCGGUUCGCUCGAGGGCGCACCAGCCUUCAGCUCUGGCGCGGAGAUCCUGGAGAUCCUCAAGUCCUUCGGCAUCGAGGACGUCAAGGUAGAAUAUCGCGAGUCA